ACUCUUGAUUGAAUGGAUGAGAAGAAAUAGAAAGUUGUGUUUCUGCUUUGUCAUAAAGCAAUGUUCAUCAGUCACUAGCACUGCCCGUAGCCCGUGUAGGCUCGAUUAGUAGUGUCCCCUUUCAUACGCCACCUAGUAAAUGGCCGGGGCAAAGCGGAGAGGCAAGCGCCCAGCCGUUCAUGCUGAAGAGAGCCCGUCUGCUAAAAGGACAAAACAUGUGCAGCCGGCUUGUCGCACAAGCAGUCGACAUAGCAGUGGUUCACCAGUGGAGUCUGCAGACAAUGAGGAUUUUUCCCCUGCAACAACACCAAGGGGACGUGGCGGAGCUAACAGAGGAAGAGGGAGAUCAGGAAAAAUCCUGCCAGCCGCCAAGGCUCCUCAGCCAUUUAUUGCCCAUCCAUUCAAGAACCCUCUCCAUAAGAGCUCUGGCAAAGUCGGCAGCAAGAAGCCAGUAUGGAAGAGCUUGAAGCAGAUCGUGGCAGCAGAAAGAGCGUUGCCAUGGCGAGCUGACGAUCCCACAUACAGCAGUAUUGAUGCGCCGCCGUCACUGAAGCCUGUGAAGAAGUAUGCUGACAUCUCGGGUCUAGACACUAAUUAUACCGAUCCAUCCACCAAGCUUCGUUAUGCUUCAGCGAAUGAAUUCCAAAUGAUGAGGGCAUUACCGCCGGACAUUGUCCAGGGUUACUUGGCACUGCGAGGUGCACAACAAGUGACGUAGAACGUGUAAUUAAGCUUGGCAAGCAUUUCAUUCCGACAUGGCACAAAUGCCUCCAGUGAUCCUCAGCCCGUGUUUGUCCAGCCAGCCGUAACCACGGAAUUGACGUUGCUGGAGCUUUUCUCCUGGCUGCAAGCUCAUCCGAAUGUUAUCAUCGACUACACAUACGACCAUUAUGUGUGAGAUGAGGGUGGACAGCUACUAGUAUUCAGUGCAGUUCAAGUACUCACAAAGUGGAUCAAACCCUUGACCCAGCGGGUGGUGUGACCAUGCAAUGAUGCAUACUAUAAUGGUCUAGUAGCAGUCACGGCCAUACUCACUGUCUUCAGCAAAGCCGCUGUCAGCCGUUCUGGAAUGAGCUGAACACUAAGGCUAGCAUGCACUGUCUUGUGUUAUCGCUCUCUUAUCUAGUUUGUGCAGUUUACACUCAGAAUUUAGAAACGGUUGCUGCCUAGUGCUUGCACUGCAGCAUUUCGAAUGCAUACGAACCAGAAGUUAAUAUUUCUCCCGAAUGCAUACCAGCCGUUAAUAUUUCUUCCGAAUGCAUAUGUACUAGUACUCUGACUUGCUUGUAUAAAAUACAACUCUUCCAAACAAAGCGUGAUUGACUGAGCCUGCCCCAUGUACUAUUUUCGUAGCUGCCCGUGAUGUUUCUUUGCAUUCCGCAUCAUUCAUAAUUCUAGAAUUAUUCUGUUGAGCACUUUGUUAUACAGUUA